AUGAUAAAAGAAAAUGAAACCAUCCUAACCGAGUUCAUACUCGUAGGACUCUCAGCGGACCCUAGACUCCAGUUUGUAUUAUUUCCCUUGUUUUUAUGUAUUUACGUUGUCACUGUUCUGGUAAACGCGUCUGUGAUUUUUGUAUAUAAGUUCAGCCCGAGCCUGCACACGCCUAUGUAUUUUUAUCUCGCCAACUUCUCAUUCCUGGAAAUCUGUUACGUGUCGUCCACCGUUCCCAAGAUGCUGGCGAAUCUUCUAGCAGACCGUAAGACGAUCUCUUUUUACGGUUGUGCCGUACAGAUGUAUUGGUUUCUGCUUCUGGGCGGCACGGAGUGUUACAUGCUGGCGGCCAUGGCGUACGAUCGUUAUCACGCCAUAUGCCACCCGCUCUCGUACGCCGUCUUUAUGAAUAACAGGGUUUGCACGCAGCUCAUACUUGGCUCUUGGCUCGUUGGCGCAGUCAACUCUUUGGUACACACUCUCCUGACCUUCAAGCUGAAAUUUUGUUGCAAUAAAAUUAACCACUUCUUUUGCGAUAUCCCUCCUUUAUUGAAACUGGCUUGCAUGGACACCCGGGUCAACGAAAUGGUUGUUUUUAUCGUUAGCGGCUGCGUUAUUGUUGGCUCAUUUAUACUGACGAUGACUUCUUACAAGCAAAUCAUCUCGACGAUUUUAAAGAUCCGUUCCCGCUGCGGGAGGAAGAAAGCGAUUUCGACCUGUACCUCUCACUUCAUGGUGGUUACCCUAUUUUACGGCUCUGGUAUCUUUAUGUACUUUAGACCAAAGUCGAGUUAUUCUAUGGAUCAAGACAGAAUAAUAGCCGUGAUGUAUAGCGUUAUCGCGCCUAUGUUAAAUCCUUUCAUAUAUAGCCUGAGGAACGGAGAAAUGAAAACAGCUGUGAAGAAAUUAACGCGUAAACUUGCGUCAACCGAGGAGCUGUGA